AUGCCGGAAGUCUCUGGUACCACACCUGCAGCGCACGUGCAGUCAACCAACAGAACAAUUUGUGACGUCAUCGCCUCCAUGUCUUCAGCAGACGACAGAUCGUAUGACGUCAGUGACGAGGCUCGGACCAUGGUCAGUGUCGUGGUGUCCGUGUGUCUGUGUGGCGUCAUCAGUCUCCUGGGUGUCUUCACCAACGCCAUGAACAUGCUGGUCUUCACAAGACAAGGUCUGCAAGAUAACGUUAAUAUCUCCUUGUUCGGCUUAGCCUUGACGGACCUCUUGUGCCUGGUCUUCAACUUCUGGAUCUCCGUCUGCUACAUCGUCAUCAUCCUUGACCCUCCGACCUUGACCGUUGACCCGUACAGCCUCAGCAUCAUCACGGCCAGCCUGCCCCGGGUCAUCUUCACGCGGGUCAGCUGUUGGCUCACGGCUCUCAUCUCGCUCCAGCGCUGCCUGUGUGUGGCCUUGCCCUUCAAGGUCAGGGACGUCUUCACUCCCAGAACCACAGCCUACUUGACCUUGACCAUAUCAGCCUUCACCUUCCUGUCGCAUAUGUCGCUGUAUUUUUACAGUGACCUUCACGCCGUCCUUGACCCGAGGUCAAACACGAGCAAGGUCUACCUGGUUCCCCUCUCCUACGGUCACGUCGACCUGUACGUCAAUACCUUGUUCUUCUUCUUCCUGCCCCUCCUUAACUUCCUGCUCAUCUUCGCGUGCACACUUGGCAUGAUCUCCUUGCUGAAGAGUUCCACUAAAUGGCGGGAAAUCGCACGAAAAGGAAACUCCGUCAACAUCCGCCCACUCAACCACCACAAUGAAUACAAGAACCAAGACAUGAGAGAAUCUAAGGAAGCCAGAGUUUCCAAGAUGAUAAUUGUAAUUAUGCUAAUUUUCAUCACGUGCAACAUCCCGAGCAACGUCCUGCUGGCGAUCCGCAACGUGGUGCCAGAGUUCCAGGAAAACGGGCGCCUGAAGAACUUGUUCCACGUCACCCACGCCCUCGCCUUUCUACUAGAGGCCGUCAACUCCAGCGCUAAUUUCUUCGCUUAUUUUUUCAUGAGCUCCAAGUUCUAUACCACGUUCACCAGCUUCUUCAAACAUCGGCUAUAG